GAGAAUCGGCUUCCCCCCGUCAAAUCAAGUGAAAACGUGAAAAUGGGGAAGGAGAGAAGAGAUGGCGAGAUGGAAAACGAAGGCAGGGAUCUGAAGUCGCAAAUGGCGGUACGCCGAUGUGCAAAAGCUGCCCUCCUCCUUUCCGACCUGAAAUCGCUCUCCGGUCUCGCCCUGGAUAACAACGAGAUGUUAAGGAGAGAAAUCGAAGACCUGAAGAUUCAAUUGGUAAAGCAGCGUUCGAUCAACAGGAGAAUCAAGCUCUGCGCCCUCUCCGAGUUAAUUGUCCAAGUCAUCUUGAUGCUCUCUCUUUUGACUUUCUUAUUGAUGCUCGUCCUGAAAACUCAAUGAACAACUCUAUCAAUCUGUGUUCACUUACCUGCUUUUCCUAAUCAGCUUGUGGUGAGUCUCUCUAGUUUAUUUGUUCAUGCCGGAUAGAGGAACCGACCUUCGCCUUCUGCCGCGGAUGCUGUUAUCAGUUGUGUCCUUGAGCUGCCAACAAAAAUUGAUUACGGGUAGUUGAAAUUAAUAACUACAGAGUAUAGAGAAUUUUUAUUUCAAAUGUCGUUGGGGCAUGGAGCCUUCGAGGAAGACCAAGUCGGUAAUGCAAUUUAGAGGCGAUAGUUUUACUAAUUACUGGGGCCUA